CCAUCUUUCUCGCCGAGUGUUUUGAGUAGAAUUACAAGAGCAGCGUAGGGUUACUGUCUCUAUGGCGACAGCCACCACAAGGCUCCUCCUCGGCGACCUGGUGUCUCACGCUAAGAACGUCCCGCUUAGAUACGUCCGGCCACCCUCCGCCCGCCCCCACCUCUCCGCCGUCGAGAAGUCGAAUGCCACGAUCCCGGUCGUAGACCUGCAGGAGCUCUCCGGGUCCGGUCGUGCCAUGGUGGUCAAGGCCAUUGGGUCAGCUUGCCAAAGCGAUGGGUUCUUCCAGGUCAAGAACCACGGCAUUCCCGACGACGUGAUCGGUGCCAUGUUGCGUGUCUCGAAGGAGUUCUUCCGGUUGCCGGAGUCGGAGAGGCUGAAGAGCUACUCCGACGACCCUUCGAGGACGACGAGGCUGUCGACGAGCUUCAACGUGAGGACCGAGGAGGUUUGCAACUGGAGGGACUUUCUGAGGUUCCAUUGCUAUCCUCUCAAGGACUACGUGCAUGAAUGGCCCUCCAAUCCUUCCGUUUUCCGGGAGGUGGUGGGUGACUACUGCAAGCACGCCAGGCAACUGGCUUUGAGGUUGCUGGAGGCCAUCUCGGAGAGCUUGGGACUUGAGAAGGACUACAUGGAGAAGGCACUGGCGAAGCAGGCACAACACAUGGCCAUAAACUACUAUCCACCAUGCCCACAGCCGGAGCUCACGUACGGGCUGCCGAGCCACAAAGACCCCAAUGCCAUCACCCUACUCCUCCAGGACGGCGUCUCCGGCUUGCAAGUCUUCAGGAACGGCAAGUGGGUGGCCGUCGACCCCAUCCCCAACGCCUUGGUCAUCAACAUCGGCGAUCAGAUUCAGGUGCUCAGCAAUGAUCGAUACAAAAGCGUGCUCCAUCGCGCAGUCGUCAACGACUCCAGCGAGAGGAUUUCUAUUCCCACCUUCUAUUGCCCAUCUCCCGAUGCAGUAAUUGGACCAGCUCAAGCACUGGUUGACGAGCAGCAUCCUGCAGUCUACCGAAGCUUCACAUAUGGGGAGUACUAUGACGCGUUCUGGAACCGAGGCCUCCAACGCGAGAGCUGCCUCGACAUGUUCAGAGCCACCAACGAUCCAAUCUAAGCCACCCACCCAACACAAGAAAAUUCCAUCAGAUUCCAAAUCGUGAUGACAUGAUAUAUACAUGUAUUGUUUAAUGCGUGUAAUUGCUUGCCUUUACUGUAUUAAUGUUAACCCACAAACACAUAAGUCUUCCAUUGUGUUUGAUGGCUAAGAGGAGCGCCAAGUUCGAGGA